AUGUCUCUCUUCAGGGCACUAAAGAAAACCUGCUCAGUAAUCAAAAAGAGCCUCUUCUCUAGAAAAACGACUGAAGCAGUAAGGAUGGAAACCACCAAGGUUAAUAUGUCCCGUGUCCCGCUGGUUAAUGGAGGCAUCGACGCUGCCAUGCUGAAGGCACACAAACCCCGUGUGAUGUCCAAAAAUGGUCACAGCAACGUGCGGAUAGACAAAGUCGAUGGCAUUUACCUGCUCUACCUUCAAGAUUUGUGGACUACAGUUAUAGACAUGAAGUGGAGGUACAAACUCACCUUAUUUGCUGCUACUUUUGUCAUGACCUGGUUCAUCUUUGGAGUUAUCUAUUACGCCAUUGCAUUCCUUCAUGGUGAUUUAGAAAUAAACAAGUUUACCCCAAAGCAUGAGCCAUGUGUCAAGAAUGUUGACUCUCUGACUGGGGCAUUCCUCUUCUCCCUGGAGUCACAGACAACCAUUGGCUAUGGAUUUCGUUUCAUUACAGAGGAGUGUCCUCAUGCCAUUUUCUUACUUGUGGCCCAACUGGUCAUCACCACCUUGAUUGAAAUCUUCAUCACAGGUACCUUUCUGGCCAAAAUUGCAAGACCUAAAAAAAGGGCAGAGACUAUUAAAUUCAGCCACUGUGCUGUCAUUACUAAACAUAAUGGAGAACUUUGCCUGGUGAUUAGAGUGGCAAAUAUGAGGAAGAGCCUGCUGAUACAGUGUCAGCUGUCUGGGAAGCUUCUUCAGACAUAUGAAACCAAAGAAGAAAAAAAAGGCGGAAGCCUGCUGAAUCAAGCCAGUGUCAAGUUCAACGUCGAUUCCUCUUCAGAAAGUCCAUUUCUCAUUUUGCCUUUAACCUUCUACCACAUUUUGGAUGAAAACAGCCCUUUGAGAGAUCUCACACCUCAAAAUCUCAAGGAGAAGGACUUUGAGCUUGUGGUGCUCCUGAAUGCCACAGUGGAGUCCACCAGUGCUGUCUGCCAAAGCAGGACUUCCUAUAUCCCCGAGGAGAUCCACUGGGGCUACGAGUUCAUGCCUGUGGUUUCUCUCUCCCCAAAUGGAAAGUACGUUGCGGAUUUCAGUCAGUUUGAGAAGAUUAGGAGAAGCACAGAUUCCACUUUUUAUACUAUGGAUUCUGAAAAACAAAAACUUGAGGAGAAAUACAGGCAGGAGGAUCAAAGAGAGAGGGAACUGAGAACAAUGUUGUUACAGCAAAGCAAUGUUUGA